CGGAUUCCGCUUCUCUACGGAAAAGAAAUAAGAAACUCCUGCCGCCCGGUUCCCUCAGAGGUGCUCAUAGUAUUCCCCUAAAGCCCUCCCCUCCUUAUCAUUACUAUCUUGGGAUUUGAGAUACCCUUCACUUGCACGGGCUGCAAACAACACAGUCACCAUCUCUGGAGUUCCCCUCCUCCUCCUGCCUACCUCACUCUCUCACCUUCUCCUCACCCCGCCCGUUAGUUUUUUCACUGGGGUUUCUGAACUGGCUUUGGUGAACACUUUGUUCCUUCUUCAUUCCAUCGUGAAUCGUUGCAUUUCUUCGCAAUCUGCAUCACACCUCUUCGGCCAUGGAGAAGGAUUUCAUUGAACCCAAGUCGGAGCCCUCGUUCGGCGACGCUCCCCCUCUCUACGGCGAAUCUGAAGCAACCAAGGGCAGCUUUGGCCAGCGAAUUAUCGAUAGUUUCAAGAGAGAUCCUAAUGCUCGUGCCUCGUCGCACCAUGAACCUGGUCACGAUGGGAAGACCUUCGAUAUCGAAAAUGCUGCUCAGAACACUGCUAGUUCUCCACUGGCACGCAAGCUCAAAGGUCGCCACCUUCAGAUGAUCGCGAUUGGUGGUUCAAUUGGUACUGGUCUUUUUGUCGGGUCUGGAAAGGUCCUGGCGGCCGGUGGCCCAGCCUCGGUCCUGAUCGCAUAUGCUUUGAUCGGCUGCAUGCUUUACUGCACUGUGCAUGCGCUGGGUGAAAUGGCCGUUCUCUUCCCUGUUGCUGGUUCGUUCUCGCAUUAUUCCACCCGGUUCAUCGAUCCCGCUUGGGGUUUCGCCAUGGGUUGGAAUUAUCUGCUGCAGUGGCUCGUGACCCUCCCCACCGAAAUUGUCGCCGCCUCGUUAACUGUCGACUACUGGGAAUCGGGCGUCUCCAAUGCUGCCUGGGUCGCUAUUUUUUGGACUGUCAUUGUGUGCAUCAAUAUGUUCGGUGUUAAAGGUUAUGGUGAAGCAGAGUUCGUGUUCUCCAUAAUCAAGGUCACCGCCGUAGUUGGCUUCAUUAUUCUCGGUAUCAUCCUGACUUGUGGCGGUGGGCCCCAUGGUGGAUACAUUGGUGGAAGAUACUGGCACGAUCCAGGUGCCUUCCACGAUGGCUUCAAGGGUCUUUGCAGUGUUUUUGUGAAUGCUGCAUUUGCGUUUGCUGGUACGGAGCUGGUUGGCCUUGCCGCCGCAGAGACCGCUAAUCCUAGGAAAUCGCUCCCGACCGCCGUCAAGCAGGUGUUCUGGCGUAUCACCCUCUUCUACAUCGUGUCUCUUACCUUGGUCGGCCUCCUUGUCCCCUACACCGAUUCCCGACUCCUCGAUGGUUCAUCUAGCGCCGAUGCCAAAGCGUCUCCGUUCGUCAUCUCCAUUGUGAACGCGGGAAUUUCUGGAUUGCCUUCGGUGAUGAACGUUGUCAUCAUGAUUGCUGUGCUCUCCGUCGGCAAUGCAGCUGUCUACGGCUCUUCGAGAACUCUGGCGGCUCUGGCUGAGCAACAGCAGGCCCCAAAAAUUUUCGCCUACAUCGAUCGCAAGGGCCGGCCUCUUCCGGCUCUCAUCGUUGCCUCGGCGUUUGGUUUGCUUGGGUUCCUGGCCGCUUCCGACAAGGAGGGUGAAGCCUUCACAUGGAUGAUGGCCAUCUCGGGUCUCUCCUCCAUCUUCACCUGGGGGUCAAUCUGCCUGUGUCACAUUCGCUUCCGUCGCGCCUGGAAACUGCAAGGGCACAGCCUCGACGAGCUGGCUUUCACGUCCCAGCCUGGUGUGAUUGGUUCCUGGAUCGGACUCAUCUUCAACUGCCUCGUUCUGAUUGCUCAGUUUUGGGUUGGCUUUGCGCCUAGCGGAUAUAGUGAAAUGUCGGCUUCGGCAUUAGUUUCCAACUUCUUCUCCGACUACCUUGCUGCGCCGGUCGUGUUGGCCUUCUACAUCCCCUACAAGCUUUGGUUCAAGACCCCCUUCAUCCGGGCCAAGGACAUGGAUCUCCACACCGGUCGUCGCGAUCUCGACAUCCAAGCGCUCAUCGAAGAAGAAAAGGCAGAACAGGCGGCCUGGCCUGCGUGGAAGAAGGUGUGGAAAUUCUUCUGCUAAAGCUGGGUUGGGUCACAUUUCAAAGGUGUUAAGGCUUGUUUCAUGCUUGGGCUGCGCUUUCUUCCAUCCAUAUCCCCUUUUUGCGCUUUAAAUAAUGUAUGAUAAUGAUCAUGCCUCCCUCUUCAGUUUAUGUUCCUUAGGUAGCAUAUUGAUCAGCGCUGAGCCGAUGCAUCGGGAUGGCGAAUGAAUGUUCUUCACUAAAUGAGAAAGUUCACUCGACGACGAAGACAGUCGACGCUGCUUAGUAGUGGAGGAAAGUAUGUUGACAAUGAACAAAUUGAGACC